GCCGAGUGUCGGCCUUCAAGCGCUUAGGUGGUGAAGAGACCCGGGUGUCGGCCUUCGACAGGCUCGACCGCAGACCGAAAGGUCGCCCGGGCGACCUCCGCUGACAAAUAUCCGAAGGCAGGCGGAGGCAUGCUCAGGAGUCCGCGACAUCGGAUGCUUGCUCGGCGAGGCCCGAGCGGAGCGGAGAAAGGCGGGACGAGCGCACCCAGCGUCGCCAUAGUCCGACGAGAACUGAGAAGACAAAGGUCUCGGACCAAGGGGUAUCUCGGCUCGCUCAUCAAGGCCUACAACGGAACGACGGACCCCCAAGAUCAUUUGUCUAAGUUCUACGCUUCCAUGGAAGCGGCGGGAGCCCCAGACGAGGUCAAGUGCCGAUGCUUUCUCGCGACGCUGGAAGGCUCCGCGUGUGAUUGGUUCAACCGGCUCCCGAAGGGAACCAUUGACGAUUGGGAUAUGCUGGCGGAGAAGUUCCUAACGCACUUUGCGGCCAACAGAAGGCAAAGGCUGCCCUACUCCCACCUGCUCAACAUCUGCAUCCGCAAAGGAGAGAAGGUCCGCGACUUCAUAGUCCGGUGGGAGAAGGAGGCUAGAGACGUGCACGGGGCGGAUGACCAAGCUUUGGUGGCCAUGUUCCAAGUAGCCCUUCCCCGCAGAGAGAAGGAUCUUCCGAACACGCCGAGCCUCCACCGGGAUGCCUUGGUCGUGAAGAUGGAGAUUAACGAUGCCAUAGUGCACCGCACCUUGGUGGACACGGGAAGCUCGGUCAACAUAAUGUAUGAGAAGACCUUCCAAGACCUCGGCUUGGACCGCAAUGACUUAAAGCCUGUGCACACUCAUCUCUCUGGGUUCACGGGGGAUUCCAUCGAGGCCAAAGGAGUAAUCACUGUGCCCGUGAUAGUAGGGGAUGGUGCACACAAGGCCAAGUUGAAGAUGGAGUUCAUGGUUGUAAGCAUCAAUUGCGCGCACAACAUGAUACUAGGACGGCCCGGCCUGGAGAGCAUGGAAGCGUAUGUCGACGUCAUGAUUGUGAAGAGCAAGCAGGCGACCACCCAUGCGGAAGACUUAGAAGGAGUUUUCAAGAUUAUGGAGAAGUACAACCUUCGGCUGAAUCCGAAGAAGUACACGUUCGGAGUUCAAGGCGGUAAGUUCUUGGGACACAUGGUGAGCAGGCGCGGUAUUGAGCCCAACCCCGAGAAGGUGCGCGCCAUCCUUGACAUGGAAGCUACACGAAAUGUCAAGGAGGUGCAGUGCUUGACCGGAAAGUUGGCUGCGCUCAGCCGUUUCCUUUCCAAGGUAGCGGACCGAGCCGCUCCGUUCUUCCAAGCUGUGAAGAAGUCCCGAGGGUUCGUAUGGACGGAAGAAUGCCAACAAUCCUUUGAAUCUCUCAAGUCCUACCUUCUCUCUCCUCCGGUUCUCGCGAAGCCCGAAGCUGGGGAGACGUUGUACUUAUACUUGGGAGUUUCACCCAAGGCUUUGAGCUCGGUCCUAGUCCGAGACGAAGGUGGAGCUCAGCACCCGGUGUAUUAUACGGCGAAGACACUGAGGGGUGCCGAGCUCAGGUGCGCUGCUCAGGAGCCCGAACGCCCCUCCCGCAUGUCCAAGUGGGCGGUGUUCCUUGGAGCUUUCCAAGUUGAGUUCAAGCCAAGGCCAGCGAUCAAGGGCCAAGCGCUAGCUGACUUCGUGGUGGAGUGCACCUCUCGGGAGGAGCCGAGCCCGGAAGAGUCUGAAACCGAUGACUGGUGGAUAGUUUUUAUCGACGGCUCCUCCGCCGCCAAAAACUCGGGGGGUGGUGUGGUAGUCAUCGCUCCCAAAGGCUUCAGAGCAUAUUACUCAAUUCGAUUCGGUUUCAAGGCAUCAAAUAAUGAAGCGGAAUAUGAAGCGCUCCUGUGCGAGUUCGAGGCGAAGGACGAAAGAAUGAAGAAGUACAGAGAUACCGCUCUAGAAUUACUCAAGAGCUUCACCGCGUAUAGUGUUAAGCAGAUCCCUCGGGCGGAGAAUGCCGAGGCGGAUAUCUUGUCUAAGCUGAGCUCAGACACGUCCGAGCAUAUCAGGCGAAUGGCGAACGUGGAAGAGUUGUCCGAGCCGAGCAUCCAUGCUUUCCCUGUGGCAAUGAUCUGUGCUCAACCAAGAGAUUGGAUGGACGACAUAGUUGCCUUCUUGAAGGAUGGCGCCCUCCCGGACGAUGCAAUAAAGGCCAAGUUGGUCCGGACUAGGGCACCCGGGUACACUUUGGAGGGCGAAAAGCUAUACAAGCGAGCGUACAACGGUACGCUGCUCAGGUGCCUCCGACCAGCUGAAGCGGAACAAGUCAUGGAGGAGGUGCACGCGGGGAAUCUGUUCCGCCCACCAAGGAGCAUACGCGAAGGUACCGGGGAGGCCUUCAACAAACUAUACCCCCAUCAGCACAGCUAUCCCGUUCGCGCGGUGGGGGUGGACCUCGUGGGCGCGCUUCCUAGAGGUACCGGGAACGUAAGGUACGUCAUUGUAGCCAUCGACUAUUUCACCAAGUGGGUGGAGGCAGCCCCAUUGGCAAGCAUCACCGGAGCUCAAUGCCAGAAAUUUCUCGCAAAGCAAGUCAUCUGCCGCUUCGGCGUUCCCGAACACGUAAUCACAGACAAUGGAACACAAUUCAAGUCCAAGCCCUUUAACGACUUUCUCAAAAGUUGGGGGAUCAAGCACAGCUAUGUGUCGGUUGGGUACCCACAGACGAAUGGACGGGACGAGAACGCCAACCGAAUGAUAGUCGACGGGCUGAAGCGAGAGUUGGAAGCUUGUGGAAGGGAGUGGGCAAAGGAGUUGCCCUACAUCUUAUGGACCUACCGGACCACGCCCCGAAGGGCGACCGGAGAAACUCCCUUCGCUCUAUGCUACGGAUUCGAGGCAAGGGCACCCGCAGAAUUCUCCAUCGCAACCCACCGGGAGGAGAUCUUUGACCCCAAGCGCAAUGAGGAAGCCCUGGCAGCCGAGCUUCACCUCGUGCAUGAAAGGCGAGAAGCGGCCUUCAUAUGGGCAGAGAAUUAUCGAAGGAAGGUGAAGAGCUACCAUGAUGGGCGCGUGCCCGCGCGGGGGUUCGUCGAAGGAGAUUGGGUGCUGCGCAAGAGAACGGUGAGCCGCCCCCUAGAAGGUGGAAAGUUUGCUAAAAAUUACGAAGGCCAUACAUCAUCAAAGAAGUGGUGGGCCCUUUGACGUUCCGCUUGCAGACGCCGAGUGGAGGGGACAUGCCCAGGACAUGGACCGCCGAGAACUUAGUUAAGUUUUAUCAGUAGAACUCUGAUGUACACGGACCCCAAAAAGGGAACCCAGUACAAAAUACGCCACACAUCACAAAUCACGAUUCACUAAAUAUAUACCUGAUAAGCGGCGGAGCUGAGGCUGAUGCGAGCGGCGGAGCUAGGGUUAGUUG